AUGCUAGCACGACGACAAUUGUAUGUCGUUCCCAAUGUGCGUCGAGCUGCGCUCCGUGUCCAAAGCAAUGCCGUCACUCCUUCUCAUUUCGAUGUGAUUGUGGUUGGCGGUGGCCAUGCAGGCUGUGAAGCUGCUGCCGCUGCCUCAAAAACUGGUGCCAGAACUGCAUUAGUAACUCAGAAUUUAGCUACAAUUGGCGAAAUGUCAUGUAACCCAUCAAUUGGAGGUGUAGGUAAAGGCACUUUAGUGCGUGAAGUGGAUGCUCUUGGAGGUCUCAUGGGAAAAGUAGCCGAUUCUGCUGGAAUCCAGUUUCGAAUGCUAAAUUCAGCGAAAGGACCGGCGGUGAGAGGUCCACGAGCUCAAAUGGACCGAGACUUAUAUCAGCAAAGCAUGCAAAAAGCACUCAGAGAGCUACCAAACCUCUGGUUUGUGGAGGACGGAGUGGAUGACCUUAUGCUGGAGAAGCAGAGUCAUAAUGAGGAUCAAGUUGUGGAGCAAGUGAAAGGGGUUGUUACCUCUUCUGGUCGCAAAAUUGCGGCGUCUCGAGUGGUUAUUACGACGGGAACUUUUCUCCGCGGUAUGAUUUAUCAGGGACCCGACAUUCGGAUCCCAGCAGGACGGCACAUGCGCGAUUCGGACGGACUUGAGCCACCGGCUGUGGGCCUUGCUCAAACACUGGAUCGCUGUGAGUUCCCACUUGGCCGACUAAAAACUGGUACUCCGCCACGACUUGAUGGACGCACAAUCGACUACACAGAACUUGAAAUCCAGCCGAGUGAUGACCUGCCAAAGCCCUUUUCGUUUCUAAAUGAACACCAACAAGUGCCUCUGGCAGACAAGCAAGUGGUUUGCCACGCUACGUACACUAAUGAGAAAAGCCAUCGUAUUGUGCGUAAGAACAUGCACAUGUUGCCUCAAUAUGACGGUGGUAGAGAUGGUGAGGGCGUCGGACCACGGUACUGCCCGUCGAUCGAUGCUAAAGUUGUUCGAUUUGCUGAUCGCUCGAGACAUCAGCUUUGGCUUGAACCUGAGGGAUUGAACACUCACAUUGUGUAUCCAAAUGGUAUAAGUACUGCACUACCCGAGAAGUUGCAGCUCGAGUUGCUGCGUACGAUCAAAGGGCUUGAAAAAGUGGAGCUUAUACGCGCCGGUUACUCUGUCGAGUACGAUUAUGUUGACCCGCGAUCACUGCAUCCGACGCUGGAGACGAAAAAAUUGCCUCAAUUGUAUCUAGCUGGUCAGAUUAAUGGCACCACGGGGUACGAAGAAGCCGCAGCUCAGGGCAUUGUAGCAGGAAUGAACGCUGGACUGAGUGCUAUGGGACGAAAACCACUCGUUCUUGACCGAGCAGACGCUUUCACUGGUGUCCUCAUCGACGACCUAAUCUCGUUAGGUACUACCGAACCAUAUCGAAUGUUUACGUCUCGAUCAGAGUUCCGUCUGUUACUCCGUGCAGAUAAUGCAGACUUGCGACUCACCCGCAAGGCGUUCGAACACGGCGCUGGCAUUUCAGAUGAGCGCAUGGAGAAGCUCAAGCACAAGGAGAAGGCUAUGGAGAAAGCUCGCAAGGCUCUGAAUGAAUUUGUAUGCGAUCCGUACGAGUGGAACCGCUACGGUGUCAAGGUGGGUCUUGACGGAGUGAAGCGAAGUGCUGCACAAAUUCUGGCUUUUUCCACUGUGACUCCGCAGGACAUUGAGCGUAUAUGGAAAAAAGCUGGCUAUGAGCAUGCGGACGCGUUGCCCGACAACGUUAAAGAGCUCAUGAAGACCGAGUGCCUCUAUGAGACGCAACUACGUGCCCAGCACCAGGAAAUUAAAGUUUUUCGCAAGAAGCAACACGUGCAAAUCCCCGAAUGGGUCGACUACUCGGAGCUACCUAUGAUAUCAAACGAAGAGCGCGAAAAACUGCAGCAUGCUCAACCUGCCACAAUUCAUGCUGCCAGUCGCAUUGCCGGUGUCCGUUCGUCAACGUUAUUGCUACUGUAUCAAUAUGCUAUGCGUCAGCCCCACGAUGGACUGACAAAGAAGCAACGGAGACGCAGAGCGAUCGGUCAACGCACCAUCAAUGCCAAUUAA